AAUGUGUUUCUUUUGUAUUUAUUUUCACUUGUUGUGUUUUGCAUGCUUGGAUUGUUUUGGUUUUUCUGCUUUCCCCUUUAACAACCCAAACGCAAUGGGCUGAGGCUGGUUGACUGAGGAGGUGGAGCUCACUAAUUGCACAGCUGCGCUUAGGUGUCAGCAGAGGCUUAUAAAAGGAGCUUGAAGAGAAGGGCAGGCAGAAGCUGACCCUGCAGGAGAACGACACACUGCCGAGCAAAGGAGCAGGUGGGAUCUGCAUGCCAGAACAGACGGCCUAGUACAGAGGAUCAGGGCAGAGGGAGCCUCUGCCCGCGCCUGUAAGUAGCACUCUGCUUUGGAAUAAAGUAUUUGUCGGAUGAAAGUCCUUCAAGAGGAUCUUGGAGCAGAGAGGCUGGCGUCUUCCUACUUGUUUCUUUCAGCUGGGGAUCGAAGGUGUGCUGCAGACGGGCGGCCUCCACCAGGCGCAUCAUUUCUAAGCGGAGCUCAACCCCUGGUCCUCGUUGGUGACUUUUAAGACAAUUGGUUAAUUGCUGUUUUUAAAGGAAGAAGAAAAGGACUCUUUUAUGGUGCCACUAUUGCUGUGACUGUCCUUCUGUGGAAUAAAUCAUCUUGAACUGGACUGUUUCACUGGUUGGGUUCUUGAGUUGUUUGCUCCCCCUUGUGAUCAAGACAGAGCGUGGGGCCAUAUUGGCCACAGCUUAUUUUGGCGUUGUUGACAGGAUCACAAGUAGGGAGCAGCACUCAUACCCAAAGGUAAGACCGCAACAUGAUGAUGCCAGUCUUCCCUGGUGCACCUUGGGUGCCCAAGUACAAAGGGAUUGAAGGUGAACUUAAAUAUGUGGACUGGAAAGAACAAGUACAAGGACUUUUAAAUGCUCAGGAAUUAACAGAGUCAAGGAAGGUGGACAUUUUAAUAGGGGCUUUAGCUGGAGAAGCAAAGCAACAAGUGAAUGUUUUAGAUGAGACUGAACGAGAUCAGGUCUGUAAAAUUUUUAAGCAUUUGGACACAUUGUAUGGUGAUAAUACUCCAGUUGCUGUGUUAAGGUCACAUUUUUUUGGUUGCAUUCAGAAACCUGAUGAAUCUGUAAAGUCCUUUACUUUAAGGUUGCGAGAACUGUGCUGCAGGUUGCGGCAGCGCAGCUCUACUGAUGCACCUACCGAUGCAAAUUUAUUGGACCAGAUGCUACUUGGCCUGCGUGAGGGUCCUCUGUCUCACACACUCCGAGCCUAUGUGCGACACAAUCCUAGGGAGGACUUUGCCGCCGUUCAUCGAGAAGCACUACAGCUUGAAGAGGAACAUAACGGCUCUCAAAGACUACAGAGUAUGUGUUUUGCAGUAGGUGAGUCAACACAGAAGCAAUCGUUAUCUGACUCCAACUGGAAAGAAGAACUCAAAAAGGAAAUAAUGCAUAAUGUUAAAGAACAAAUGAAAGAGUUGGCCAAAGAAGUAAUUAAUGAUAUCAGACCCCUUUUACAACAAAAUCAGGUGGAUGUUGCUGCUUCAGGGGCGUCAAGACCACUACAAAGACGGCCUGGGUAUUCCCGUGGCUGGACUAGAGAUGGACAACCUAUCUGCAGGCAGUGUAAGCGGGCAGGUCAUAUUGCCAGGUUUUGCCAAGCAGCUGAUGGGGAACAGUCGGCUUUAAACUAGGUAACCCUACUGCUGAGGCCCAAGCAGUGGGGAUGGGGUGUAUAACUAACGACCAAGGGGCCGCAACACCAUUCAUUGGUAAAUGUCCUACCAUAGAGUUAUCUAUGGGUGGAGUGAGAAUGACAGCUUUGCUGGAUACUGGUUCUCAAGUGACAUUGGUCCAGCAACAAGUAAUGGACUCUUAUUUCCCUCAAAUGAAAAGUGAUAAGUCUUUGGUGUUUACAUUAAAAGCUGCUAAUGGCCUCACCAUCCCAUAUUCUGGGUAUGCUAUUAUGGACUUUGAGGUGGAAGGACUUAAAAUACCUGAAAAAGGUGUUGUGAUUGUAAAGGACGACUGUUCUACCCACCCACUUAUUGUGGGCAUGAAUGUUAUUGGGGCUUGUUGGGACACUGUUUUUAAAGGUGGAACGUCAGCUCUCUCCCCUCAGAAGUGGAAGUCUCAUCAGGCCUGGGAAGAGGCAUUUGCUGUCUGCCAGAGGAUUUCUGCCACUAGGAUGGAGGGGGAUUCCCUAGGUUGCGUCCGGCCUGCCUGCCGCCAGGGAAUACAGGUACCACCUAACUGUGAAAUAAUGAUUUGGGGCCGUGCUUCACAGAAGAUGAGGUCCAGGAAUGGGCCGGUGUUGGUGGAGGCAAUACGUGGAUCAGGACAAUGGGGGGCAGCAAGAACUUUGUCGGUGGUUGAUCGGGGUCGCCUUCCCGUCAGGGUCUGCAACCCUCACCCAUAUCCAUUACAAAUAGGGCCCUAUGAGAAGUUGGGCCGACUGUAUCAAGUGGAGGAGACUGAAAUCCAGGGUGCUGGUGACCUUAGUCUAACUAUGGGAUUGGAUGGGGUGGUUGAAGUUGGUGUUACCAAAGCUGUAGAGAUGGAAGAAUCCAACAGCUGUGAAGAGGUGAACAAACUCCUAACUUCUGUGGUUUUACCCCCAGAACAGAAGGUGGAGCUUCAGGCCUUUCUGCAGAGGUGGAAAAAGGUGUUUUCAGUGGAUGAAGAAGAUGUUGGCAGAACAGACUUGGUCCAGCAUAGCAUACACACAGGAAAUGUAGCACCUAUCAAACAGAGGUACCGACCCUUGCCUCCUUUAAUGUACAAAGAAAUGAAGACAUUGCUGGCAGAUAUGCUGAAUAAAAGGGUUAUCCGUGAGAGCAAGAGCCCAUGGGCCGCACCUAUCGUUCUGGAUUGAGGAGACCUUGACAUCUUUAACAAAGGCUGAAUGGUUUUCAACGCUGGAUCUGGCCAGUGGCUACUGGCAGGUUGAGAUGGAUCCUAAAGACCGAGAGAAGACUGCAUUUACCACGCCACUUGGCCUCUUUGAGUUUGAACGCAUGCCGUUUGGGCUCUGUAAUGCUCCUGCCACAUUUCAGCGUUUAAUGCAGCAAUGUUUAAACAGCCAACUUACAGAUUCUGCCUUGGUCUAUUUGGAUGACAUCAUUAUAUAUUCACCAGACUUUUCCUCCCAUCUACAACACCUCGAAACUGUCUUCCAGAGACUUUGGCAGCAUGGUCUGAAACUUAGAUUGGACAAAUGCAAGUUUUUCCAGUCGCAGGUAAAGUUUCUUGGCCACCUUGUUGAUCCGAAUGGGGUGAGACCCGAC